GAGCGAGUUGAAAGUUCUCUACGACAGAAGCCAAGAAGGAAGACGUCUAUCUUGUAGCAAUCAUGUAUAAGCUGGCCUCCUGCUGUUUGCUUUUCAUAGGAUUCUUCAAUCCUCUCUUAUCUCUUCCUCUCCUUGACUCCGGGGAAGUAUCCCUUCAACUCUCAGCACCUCAUGAAGAUGCGCGGUUAACUCCGGAGGAGCUAGAAAGAGCUUCCCUUCUGCAGAUACUGCCAGAGAUGCUGCUGGGUGCAGAAAGAGGGGACAGUCUCAGGAAAGCAGACUCGAGUACCAACAUUUUUAACCCAAGAGGAAAUUUGAGAAAGUUUCAGGAUUUCUCUGGACAAGAUCCUGACAUUUUACUGAGUCAUCUUUUGGCCAGAAUCAGGAAACCAUAUAAGAAACGUGAGACUCCUGACUGCUUCUGGAAAUACUGUGUCUGAAGUGAAAUGAGCAUCUAUUAGUCAGCUCAGAAACACCCAACUUAGAACACAAAAAAUAAUACAAUGCUUGAUUUGAAAACAGUGUGGAGAAAAACUAGGCACACUACACCCUGUUCAUUAUUACCUGGAAAAUAAAUCCUCUAUGUUUUGCACA